CGGACGCACGUGACGCGGGCGCCGCCACGUGACCCCCGCCGGCGACACCACGUGUCCCUCGCUCGGCCCGGCCAUGGCGGGCGCGGUGGCGGCCGCGGGCUCCGCUGAGCAGUUCCAGAAGCUGCUGCAGAGCCCGGACAGGUCCCUGGUGGUGGUGCACUUCUGGGCGCCGUGGGCUCCGCAGUGCGCGCAGAUGAACGAGGUGAUGGCAGCGCUGGCGCGGGAGCACAGCCAGGUCACCUUCGUGCAGCUGGAAGCCGAGGCUGUGCCUGAAGUGUCUGAAAAAUAUGGAAUUAGUUCUGUUCCAACGUUCUUGUUCUUUAAGAACUCGCAGAAGGUGGACAGGCUGGACGGAGCGCACGCGCCCGAGCUGACGCAGAAGGUGCAGCGGCACGCGGCCGGCGCCGCCGCCCCCGCGCAGGAGCAGCUGCACGCCCGCCUCGGGCGGCUCGUCAACGCUGCCCCCUGCAUGCUCUUCAUGAAGGGCUCCCCCAAGGAGCCCCGCUGCGGCUUCAGCCGGCAGAUGGUGGAGAUCCUGCAGCGGCACGGCGUGGCCUUCAGCUCCUUCGACGUCUUCUCGGACGAGGAGGUGCGCCAGGGCCUCAAAGCCUUCUCCAACUGGCCCACCUACCCCCAGCUCUACGUGGCUGGGGAGCUCAUCGGGGGCCUGGACGUCGUCAAGGAGCUGGAGGCGUCGGGAGAGCUGGACACGAUCUGCCCGAAGGGCCAGAAGCUGGAGGACAGGCUUAAAUCCUUGAUAAACAAAGCUCCUGUGAUGCUCUUUAUGAAGGGAAACAAACAGAUGGCAAAAUGUGGCUUCAGCAAGCAAAUCCUAGAAAUCAUGAAUAACAGCGGCGUGGAUUACGAGACCUUUGACAUCCUGGAGGACGAGGAGGUGCGCCAGGGGCUGAAAUCCUUUUCCAACUGGCCCACGUACCCCCAGCUGUACGUGAAGGGGGAGCUGGUGGGGGGGCUGGACAUUGUCAAGGAGCUGAAGGAAAGUGGGGAACUGCUGCCUGUGCUGAAGGGGGAGAAUUAAUGGGGAGGACAUCAGUGGGAAGAGAAAUCCCUGGAACAGUUCGAGAUUCUCCUGGAGAAACAGACAACUUCAGCCCUGAGGAGCGUCAGGAGGGGAAGCAGACAGGAAAUAAAAAUAAAUAUUCUCUGUAUGAAAAAAGGGGUUUCACUGGGGACACAACAAGGUCAAUUAAAAUUCACUGCUCCAGGA